AUGGUUUCAGAAUCGCGUCGAGGGAGUGUAAAAAGUUAUUCGGUCGGCUAUCAAGCAAGGUCUAGAUCGAGUUCCCAGAGGAGACCUUCAUUGACACGUCAACGCUCUUCUCAAAGGUUGAUUAGGACUAUUAGCAUCGGGUCCGAUGUUACUAAUGUUACUGACGAUGAUGAUUUGAAGGCUGUCAAUGAAGGAGUUGCAGACCUUGAAUUAGAUAUUUCAGAAACUACAAAUAAGGGACAAAGGAUUACAUCAGCAACAGACGCCGCAGACAAUUUGGGCUCGGUUCCAUCAGAAUGUAUUGAGAUACCUUUUGUCGAGGAAACACUGGAUGCAAGUUUACCGUUGGAUUAUUUAAAGCAAGACAUAUUAAAUCUCGUUCAGAGCUUGAAAAUAUCAAAAUGGUAUAACAACAAGAAAAUUCAACCAUUGGCUCAGGAUAUAAACUUAACAAAGAUGUCCGGUGCAAUGACCAAUGCAAUCUUCAAAGUUGAAUAUCCUAAUUUGCCGUCGCUACUAUUGAGGAUUUACGGUCCCAACAUCGAUAACAUCAUUGAUAGAGAAUAUGAGUUGCAGAUCCUAGCUAGACUUUCGUUGAGGAACAUAGGUCCGUCACUUUUUGGCUGUUUUAUAAACGGUAGAUUUGAACAGUUUCUAGAAAACUCGAAGACCUUGACGAAGGAUGACAUCAGAAAUUGGAAAAGCUCUCAAAGAAUUGCAAGAAGAAUGAAGGAGUUGCACGUAGGUGUACCUCUUCUGAGUUCAGAAAGAAAGAACGGCUCUGCCUGUUGGCAAAAGAUUAACCAAUGGCUGCGCACAAUCGAAAAUGUCCAACAAUGGGUGGGAGACCCCAAAAAUCUUGACAAGUCUCUAUUGUGCGAGGACUGGUCCAAGUUCAAAGAUAUUAUUCAAAGAUACCACAAAUGGUUGGUCGUACAAGAACAUGGCAUGGACCGAGUCAACAAGAAUUUGGUGUUUUGCCACAAUGAUGCGCAAUACGGUAAUUUGCUUUUUACCGCACCUGUGAUGGACACAUCAAAUCUGCACUCGGCGCCUUCCUCCACGUCACUCUCGUCACAUUCGAGUUCAUUGUUCCCUUCAGAUUCUAAUGUCAUCGUGGAUGAUAUUAUCAACCCGCCAAAGCAGGAACAAAGCCAAGAUUCUAAACUGGUCGUCAUUGAUUUUGAAUAUGCAGGCGCAAACCCAGCCGCAUACGAUCUAGCAAAUCAUCUCUCUGAGUGGAUGUAUGAUUACAAUAAUGCAGAGGCUCCGCACAACUGCCAUUCUGAUAAAUAUCCCGAUAAGGAGCAAGUCCUAAACUUCUUGUACUCUUAUGUCUCCCAUUUAAGGGGCGGAGCUAAGGAGCCCAUUGAUGAGGAAGUUCAAAGGCUCUACAACUCAAUCCUGCAAUGGAGACCCACGGUCCAAUUGUUUUGGUCGCUCUGGGCCAUCCUACAAAGCGGUGAGUUGGAAGAGGAAGAGCCUCACACUGUCACCGCCAAAGAAGAAACUGGCCCCAAUGGAAACAAAUACAUCAUCAAGACGGAUCCCAGCCCUGUGGAAGAGGAUCUCGUGGAUAACGAAGAUCAGCCAGAGGCUGGUGUCAGCAUCGACACGUUCGAUUAUAUGGCUUAUGGCCGCGACAAGAUUGCGGUCUUUUGGGGUGACCUCAUUGGUCUGGGCAUAAUCACCAAGGAAGAAUGCGAAAAAUUUAGCUCUUUCAAAUUCCUAGAUACUAGCUAUUUGUAA